CACGUCCCGCGACCACACCCUGCCACCACGCCCACGCGCACCCCGACCCGACCGCCUCACCGCCUCUCCGCCCAUGCGCCGCGAGUAGCGCACCCCCAUUGCGCCUCCGCUUGCGAUGCAGCAGGUCGCCCGCUCGUUCCCGUCCGCCGGCUCGCCCUCGCACGCGCCGCCCAUGUACCAGCAGUCGCCGUCGCACUCGCACAGCGGCCUGAUGGCCGCGCCGGGCUUCAGCCGCUCGUUCAGCGACGUCAGCGCCUACGCCCAGCCGCCCAUGGAGAAGCCCCAGAUCUACACGGCCGUCUACUCGGGCGUGUCCGUCUACGAGAUGGAGGUCAACCGCGUCGCCGUCAUGCGCCGCCGCUCCGACGGCUGGCUCAAUGCGACCCAGAUCCUCAAGGUUGCCGGCGUCGACAAGGGCAAGCGCACCAAGGUGCUCGAGAAAGAGAUCCUGACGGGCGAGCAUGAGAAGGUGCAGGGCGGCUACGGCAAGUACCAGGGCACGUGGAUCAACUACCGCCGUGGCCGCGAGUUCUGCCGCCAGUACGGCGUCGAGGACAUCCUGCGCCCGCUGCUCGACUACGACAUCAGCGCCGAGGGCGGCCAGGGCCACGGCAUCGAGACCCCCACCAAGGAGCAGGCCAUGGCCGCGAACCGCAAGCGCUUCUACACCCAGAGCAUCGACGGCCGCCCGCAGAGCCAGAGCGUAGGCGGCACCUUCUUCAGCAACAUCUCCUCAACUGCCACCAGCGCCCUCGCCGCCAUGAACAAGGUCGCUCGUCUCAACUCGCCUGCGCCGCCGCGCCCUGCCAGCUCGUCGCAGGGCCGCCGCUCCAUAGCGCGCCCGCCGCAAGGACCAGGCCCGAUGGCGAGCCAGGACUCGUUCCGCACCAGUAGCCAGCAGAGUGUCCACAGUCUGGCCUCCGAGCGCAGCUUCAGCGGCCAGAACGGGCACACCGACUCGGCCUACGGCACCGGCAUGGACGACUCGCAUGAGCCGCCCAGGAAACGGAUGCGCCCGUCGCAGGAGGAGUCCUUCUCACAGCGCGAAGAAAUCCUGCGCGACCACGGCUCGCCUACAGAACCCAGCGAGUCGUUCUACCAGAACCAGCACCAGACUGGCCACACCAUCAGCCUCCCAGAUGGCGAGGUCCCUACGGCUUUACCGCCUUUGCCGUACCCAGACAAUAAGAUCAACGAGGAGAAGCAGGCCAUGUUGACAGAUCUCUUCGCAGAUCAGACUCGCACAGACUUCACAAACCACCCAGCAAUACUGCAUCUCUCUGGUGCAGACCUCGACAUGCCUAUCGACAACAGCUCUAACACGGCGCUCCAUUGGGCUGCAACCCUUGCGCGGGUGUCUCUGAUGCGCCUGCUGGUGUCGAAAGGCGCAAAUAUGUUCAGAGGUAGCGCGACGGGCCAAACGCCGCUGAUGAGCGCAGUCUCUGUCAAUAACAGCCUCGACCAUAGUUGCUUUCCGGAGACGCUCGAGAUUCUUGCGCCGCUGAUCGAACUCCGCGACUCUCAAGGACGCACCAUUCUGCACCACAUUGCCGUCACAUGCGCCAUCAAAGGGCGCGCGGCAUCCAGCAAGUACUACCUUGAAGCGCUGCUGGAGUAUCUUGUCCGCAGCAAUAUCGGCGCCACCCAAAUCCCAUCCUUCCUCGAGAACAGCAACUACCCCAAACCAAUAGGACUGAUGAGGUUUAUGCAGGAGAUGGUCAACGCCCGGGAUAAGGCUGGCAAUACAGCUCUCAAUCUUGCAGCCAGGAUAGGGAACCGAAACAUCAUUUCACAGCUCCUUGAAGUGCAGGCCGACCCCACAAUCCCCAAUCACAAAGGGACGCGGCCGGUCGAUUUCGGUGUAGGCAGUGACUUGCAGGGCGACGCAGACACUGUAGCAUCUGCUGCCAGCCCGUCGAAAGGGAAAGCGCCGUUGAGCAAGGUGGAGGAAACAGCGCGCGAGAUCCAACCGUUGAUGAACGGCAUCCUGCAGUCAGCAUCGAUGCAGUUCACGCAAGAAGCGCGUUUGAAGCAGGACUUGAUCGAUCAGACAAAUUCCACAAUCAGCACCCUCUCGUCUUUACAGAAAUCCGAACAACACCGACUGGAAACCCUCCGCACCCGUCUUCGUCAGCGCCAGGACCGCGCUAAGAGAAUCGCAAAUCUGCAGCGCUGGCUGGAACCUCAACGGCAUAUGCUCGCUGCGACCAACGCCGCCACAGACCUCGAUCAAAAGCGCGAAGUCGGCUACGCUGAUGCAGAAGGCGCCGGCUUGCUCGUUCAAGAGUCUGAUCUGCCCGAAGAUGUCCGCAACGAAGGCGAGCAUCUCAUCCGGCAAGCCUCAGGCGGCGCGUCCUACCUCAGCACCCCGCUGUCCAUCCCCCCAACCGCUACGCUGUCACCCAAUCUUUCGUCCAUACCCACCAAUGUCCUUCGGCAGAGAAUUGAAGUGUACUGCCAGUCCAAUGCCGCGCUGCUGCAGAGGAGCAGACAACUGAAGGAUAAAGACGGUCAGCUUGAGGCUAUGUUCAGACAGGUCGUAUGUCUGUGUACGAACGUGCAGGAGGAUCGGAUCGACGAAGUACUUCCUAGUCUUGUCGCGGCGCUUGACAGCGACCCUCUGGACGGCGUGGAGGUGGGGCGGGUGCGUGAAUUCCUGCGGAAGGUGGAGGGCGUGGAGGCGUGAGGAAGUUCAUGAGAUGCCUCAAUUAUAUUCCUUACUUAUUUCCGUGGACUGGCAAGCGGUGCCUCGGCAAACGGUGUUCGGCGCGUGUAAAUCAGCAGGCAGGCUGUUUGAUGCUUUCUGGCAUAUCGAUAUCAAUACCAGUACCUGUUAUGAACUUCCUUCUGGCCAAACAGGGAUUGUUG